GCAAAGGAUCUGGCAAAGACCGAAGAGAAAGGAAGGAGAUACGCUGAAGAAGAACAGAAGCCGAAACCCUCACCGGCGAUGGCUCUUAUCAACGCACGGCGAACAGUAGCGACACUUCUAAGCAAAACGCUCUCUUCCUCUUCUUCAUCUUCUUCUUCAUUUUCUACGCUCUCUUCUCGCUCUCGAUUCGCCGUGCCUCUAAUUGAAAAGGUUUCCUCUGCCCGAACCGGACUGGGCCCGUGUUACAUAUCGACCCGACUCAAGACAUCCGGGUCCGGAUACUCGCCGCUGAAUGAUCCUUCGCCGAAUUGGAGCAAUCGUCCACCGAAGGAGACGAUUCUUCUUGAUGGGUGCGAUUAUGAGCACUGGCUCAUCGUCAUGGAGUUCACUGAUCCUAAACCCACUGAAGAAGAGAUGAUCAAUUCUUAUGUCAAAACCUUAACUUCCGUCCUUGGGAGUGAGGAAGAGGCCAAGAAGAAGAUUUACUCGGUUAGUACUUCGACCUACACUGGCUUUGGUGCUUUGAUCUCUGAAGAGCUUUCUUGCCAAGUCAAAGAAUUGCCUGGUGUUCUCUGGGUGCUGCCGGAUUCCUAUCUCGAUGUACCAAACAAAGACUAUGGAGGUGACUUGUACAUUGAAGGAGAGGUCAUACCCAGACCACAGUACAGGUUCACGGAACAGCGUCAGACUAGGAACCGUUCUAGGCCAAGGUAUGAUAGGCGACGUGAGACAAUGCAGGUGGAGAGGAGAGAGCCAUCCAUGGGUCAUCAAGCUCCAGCAUAUCCGGGAGAGUUCAACAAGCCCAGUGCUUAAUAUAAAACAUGAACAAGUCUCGCAUAAUAUGUAAUGGAUGGAGUUUAUUAGGAUUAUGGUAUUACAUGCUUGUCUCAAACACCAUGUAAGAGACUUUCCAAUUUUAUCCACUGGAUCAAUCAUCAUUACUGUCUCUAAACACACCUCUAAACAGAACAAAUUAUAGAAAUCUAA